ACGACCCCUGACGCUAUAUUUGCACCAUUGUUGAUUUUGAAUCUCCAAUAGUUUAUUUAGCUGUUGUGUAUUUAUUGUUAAGUUCGUCUUAUCUACGAUUGUAGAUUGUUACUACUUUGAUUGAUAGUUCUAAUAAUGAUACUUAAGCAUCAUGUUAUGGACCCUUUAAGGGAGGAAAGAGAAGGAAAAGUUCGAGAAGUGGGACCUCAAGCUGUGUGGUCCUUGUCAUCUUGUAAACCUGGAUUUGGAGUUGAUCAACUACGUGACCAAUGCUUAGAAACUUAUUGGCAGUCGGAUGGGCCACAACCCCAUCUAGUGAAUAUUCAGUUUAGAAGAAAAACCACCAUUCAAGAUGUUUAUUUGUAUGCCGAUUAUAAACUGGACGAAAGUUAUACUCCUAACAGGAUUUCAAUUAGAGCUGGUACCCAUUUCCAUGACUUGCAUGAAAUAGAAGUUGUUGAAUUGAAUGAACCAAGUGGUUGGGUGAGAAUAACUUUGAAAGAUGUUGUUGAUCAACCGAUUAGAACAUAUAUAAUACAAAUUGCAAUUCUGUCAAAUCAUCAGAAUGGACGAGAUACUCAUCUUCGACAAAUCAGAAUCCAUUCUCCUGUAGAGAACUAUUGUUUUGCUGCUAUAAAAUUUCCUAUGCUUACCAGUGUGGAAUGUUCUGCUUAUAGCUCCAUACGGUAGAAAGAUAUGGUAGCCUGUGCCAAUAUUCAGUCAUAUUAUUUAAUUUCAUCUAGAGUUUUCUGUUCAUUUUCUGCAUAUAUUGCUUUUUUUUCUUUCUUGAAAAAAAAGGCUGUUUUGAUAUUGAAUGGAUUAUAUGAUGUUCUGCAUGUCAUUUUGUAAUUAAAAUGUUUAUAGCUCAAAACCAGAAAAUUUAUUGUCAUUUUUGAAUAUGAUUAAUUAUUUAAGUUGUCUCAUGUUAUGAAUGUUAUAACAGUAACAAAUAGUGGUUGAAGAG